GAUCCGACUGAAUUCCUCUACAUCUCCGCGGAGAUGAAGAGGAAAGACGCGACCAAGCCGUACGAUGGUAAAAAGAUGACCUGGGUACCGGAUGAGAAGGAGGGGUUCGUCAUUGGAAACAUUGAAUCCACUCAAGGCGACAAAGUCGUCGUCGAAACGCCGGACGGCAAGAAGACUUUCAAGAAAGACCAGCUUCAACAAGUCAAUCCCCCCAAAUACGAGAAGUGCGAAGAUAUGUCUAACAUGACUUAUCUCAACGAUGCUUCCGUCCUCCACAAUCUCAAGGAGCGCUACUAUGCGAAUUUGAUCUACGUGAGAUCUCGAUCGAAAUUCACGGACAAGCUGAACUUUCCUCCGCAGACCUAUUCCGGACUGUUCUGUGUAGCAAUCAACCCCUACAAGAGGUUUCCAAUUUACACUCCUCGUGCUGUCAUGAUCUACAAGGGAAGGAGGAGAACCGAAGUCCCCCCUCAUGUGUUCGCCAUUUCUGACGGUGCCUACAUGCACAUGUUGACAGAUAAUGAGGAUCAGUCCAUGUUGAUUACCGGAGAGUCCGGAGCUGGAAAGACUGAGAACACCAAAAAAGUAAUUUCCUACUUCGCCAAUGUCGGUAAGAGCGACAGGAAGCCAACCGCUGCAGACGCCAAUAAACCUUCACUCGAAGACCAGAUUGUGCAAACCAAUCCCGUACUCGAGUCGUUCGGUAACGCUAAGACCACCCGUAACGAUAACUCCUCCCGUUUCGGUAAAUUCAUCCGUAUCCAUUUCGGUCCCAACGGAAAGUUGGCUGGUUGCGAUAUCGAGACCUAUCUGCUCGAGAAGGCUCGUGUCAUUUCGCAACAGCCCCUUGAGCGGUCUUACCACAUUUUCUACCAACUCAUGUCCGGCAAGAUCCCAGACAUGAAGAAGAAACUGCUUCUGAGCGACAACAUCAAAGACUACAACUACGUGUCUCAGGGAAAAACCGAAAUUCCCGGCGUGGACGAUGCAGAAGAAAUGGGAUACACCGAUGAAGCUUUCGACAUUCUCGGUUUCGACGCCGACGAGAAGGACGGUGUCUACCGUAUCACCGCGGCGGUCAUGCACUUCGGUACGCUCAAGUUCAAACAGAGACCUCGCGAAGAGCAGGCUGAAGCCGAUGGAACCGACGAGGGAGAACGGGUCGCCAAACUGCUCGGUGUUGAAACUGCCGAUCUUUACAAGAACUUGACCAAGCCCAGGAUCAAGGUCGGAACUGAGUUUGUUACCAAAGGUCAGAGCCAGGCACAGUGUUACUCAGCUAUCGGUGCCAUGUCGAAGGCCAUGUUCGACCGAACUUUCAAAUUCCUCGUCAAGAAGUGUAACGACACUCUUGACACCAAGCAAGCACGCAAGCAUUUCAUCGGUGUGCUUGAUAUUGCUGGUUUCGAAAUUUUCGACUACAAUGGUUUCGAGCAGCUCUGCAUCAACUUCACCAACGAGAAACUCCAACAAUUCUUCAACCACCACAUGUUCGUGCUCGAGCAGGAAGAGUACAAGAGGGAAGGAAUCGACUGGGUCUUCAUCGAUUUCGGUCUAGAUCUGCAAGCUUGCAUCGAGCUCAUCGAGAAGCCCAUGGGAAUCAUGUCCAUCCUUGAAGAGGAGUCUAUGUUCCCCAAAGCUACCGACAAGACCUUUGAAGAUAAAUUGAACAAUACUCAUCUGGGCAAGUCGGCGCCCUUCCAGAAGCCCAAGCCCCCGAAGAGCAAAGAGAUUGGACCUGCUCACUUCGCUAUUGCUCACUACGCCGGUACCGUAUCGUACUCGAUCACCGGCUGGCUCGAGAAGAACAAGGAUCCCCUGAACGAUUGUGUCGUCGACCAGUUCAAGAAGGGUAACCUGAAGCUGCUCCAGACCAUCUUUGAAGACCAUCCUGGACUCGGUGCUGACGCGAAGGCCGAAGGAGGCGGCAAGGGAGGUGGCCGAAAGAAGGGUUCUGGUUUCCAGACUGUCUCCGGUUUGUAUAGGGAACAGCUCAACAAAUUGAUGCAGACCCUCCACUCCACUCAUCCUCAUUUCGUCCGUUGCAUCAUCCCCAAUGAGAUGAAGAAGCCUCGUGUCAUCGAUGCCCAUCUCGUCAUGCACCAGUUGACGUGUAACGGUGUGCUCGAGGGCAUCCGUAUUUGCCGCAAAGGUUUCCCUAACAGAAUGGUCUACGCCGACUUCCGUCAGCGCUACACGAUACUCGCACCUAACGCUGUUCCCAAAGACUUCGCCGGCGAGCCCAAAGAAGCCGGUUCGCUCCUUAUCAGCCAGUCGGGUCUAGACCCUGACGAAUACCGUAUUGGCUUGACAAAGGUUUUCUUCCGAGCUGGUGUCCUGGGUCGUCUGGAAGAGAUGCGCGACGAACGUCUCGCAAAGAUCAUGACCAUGAUCCAAUCCGCUUGCCGUUGGUAUCUCUGCAAGAAGCACUUCCAGAAGCUGAAGGAACAGCGCGUUGCCCUGAAAGUUCUUCAGAGAAACCUUCGUCAAUUCGCCAUGAUGCGCAACUGGGCCUGGUGGAAACUCUUCAUCAAGGUGAAGCCGCUCCUCAACAUGACCAAAGCCGAAGACGAGCUCAAGGCGCUCGAAGACAAGCUUAAGGAGGAGCAAGACAAGUUCACCAAGGAAGAAAAACUCCGCAAAGAACUCGAAGAGCAGAACACCAAAUUGCUCCAGGAGAAGAACGAUCUUUACAUGCAACUCGAAACCGCCAAGGGUGGAGCGGGUGAGAUCGAACAGCAGCUGGGCAAGAUCAACUCGCAGAAGAAAGAGUUAGAGAGGCAGAUCAAAGACAUGGAGGAUCGCCUGUCGCAGGAAGAAGGAACCGCACAGAAACUGAACCAAAAUAAGAAGAAGCUCGAGAGCGAGCUCAGCUCUCACAAAAAAGAAAUCGAGGAGCUCGGCAUGAACUUGCAGAAGGCCGAGCAGGACAAACAGACUAAAGAUCAUCAGAUUCGUUCUCUCAAUGACGAAAUCAAGCGACAGGAGGAGCUCGUUGCCAAGCUCAACAAGGAAAAGAAAGCCUUGCAGGAAACCGGAGGCAAGAGCGCCGAAGACCUCGCCGCUGCGGAGGACAAAGUCAACCACCUCAACAAGGUCAAAUCGAAGCUCGAGCAAACUGUAGAUGAGCUCGAGGAUUCGUUGGAGCGUGAGAAGAAGAGCCGCGCGGAUCUCGAAAAAGCUAAGAGAAAAGUUGAAGGCGAUCUCAAGCUCGCUCAAGAGGCCCUCGGUGAUUUGGAGAGAGCCAAGAAGGACCUCGAGGCUCUCGUCCAGCGCAAGGACAAGGAGAUGGCUGCGGUGCAAACCAAACUCGAAGAGGAGCAAUCGCUCGUCGCCAAGCUCCAGAAGCAGAUCAAGGAGUUGCAACAACGAGUCACCGACCUCGAGGAUGAGCUCGAAGCCGAACGCCAGGCCCGUCAACGAGCCGAACGUGCGCGACAGGAGCUCUCCCGCGAGAUUGAAACACUCUCUGAGCGAUUGGAGGAGUCCGGCGGUGCGACUUCGGCACAAGUCGAGAUGAACAAGCGCCGCGAAGCGGAAAUGGUCAAGAUGCGUCAAGAGCUCGACGAGUCCAAGAGCCAGAGCGAGCAGAUGAUGAACGCUCUCCGGGCGAAGAACAACCAGGUCGUUCAAGAGAUGACUGAAGCUAUAGACAACCUCACCAAGGCCAAAUCGAAGGCCGAGAAGGACGCCAUGAGCUUCAAGGGUCAGGUCAGCGAUUUGCAGAGCAGUCUCGAUCACGUCUCCCAUCAACAGUCGAACUCCGAGAGGCAAGCGAAAUUGCUCGAACAACAAGUCAACGAUCUCCAGUUCCGCUUGGACGAAGCUAACCGCAGCUUGAACGACUUCGAUUCUCAGAAGAAGAAGCUCAACAUCGAGAAUUCGGAACUGCAACGACAACUCGAAGAGGCAGAGAGCCAGAUAAAUGCUCUCAACAAGCAGAAAGUAGCCCUGGCGAACCAGGCUGAAGAAGCCAAACGUUCUGCCGAUGAAGAAUCGAAGGAGCGUAACGCGAUCAUGGGCAAGUACCGCAACGUGGAGCGAGACCUCCAAGUUCUCCGCGAUGCUGUCGACGAGGCUGAAGAAGCCAAGGCCGAUCUCCAGCGGCAGUUGUCCAAAGCCAGCGCCGACGCUCAAUUGUGGCGCGGGAAGUACGAAUCCGAGGGACUUCUUCGACUCGAAGAGCUCGAGGAGGGCAAGAGGAAACUCCAAGCCAAGUUGACUCAUGCCGAGGAGACCAUCGAGUCCUUGAACGCCAAGGUCGCCAAUCUGGACAAGACCAAGAGCCAUCUACAGGGCGAGGUUGACGACAUGCAGGCCGAGGUCGAUCGUGCUCAGCAGCUCGCUCAGCAACUCGACAAGAAGCAAAAGUCCUUCGAUCGCGUUAUCGCUGAAUGGAAAUCGAAGACCGACAGUUUGGCGUCCGAGCUCGAAGAGUCGAAGAGGGAAGCCAGGAACUUUUCGACAGAGGUGUUCAGACUCCGCGCCCAGGCCGAUGAGGCAAACGAGCACUGCGAAGCGCUGAAGAAAGAGAACAAGAACCUCCAGGACGAACUCAAGGAGGUCAUCGACCAACUUGGCGAAGGAGGCCGAUCCUCUCACGAAGUUGAGAAGAACCGCAAGCGUCUAGAGAUCGAGAAAGAAGAGCUCCAGCAUGCGGUCGAAGAAGCCGAAGCCGCCCUGGAACAGGAAGAGAACAAGGUGCUCCGCGCACAGCUCGAGCUCAGCCAGGUGCGUCAGGAGAUCGAACGCCGAAUCCACGAGAAAGAAGAGGAAUUCGAAAACACUCGAAAGAACCACCAACGCGCCAUCGACUCGAUACAAGCGUCGCUCGAGGCCGAGUCCAAAGCCAAAGCUGAGGCGCAGCGAGUCAAGAAGAAGCUGGAGUCCGACAUCAACGAGCUCGAGAUUGCUCUGGAUGGCGCGAACCGAUCGAAGGUCGAGGCCGAAAAGAAUGCGAAGAAGUACCAACAGCAGAUCCGGGAAAUCCAGAAUCAACUCGAGGACGAGCAAAAAGCACACAGUGACACCCGCGACAAGUACGUUGACGCUGAACGCAGAGCCAACCAAUUGCACGGGACCGUCGAGGAAGCGAAGACUCUCGUCGAAAACGCCGAUCGUGCCCGUCGAGCCGCCGAAAACGAACUCUACGAACUCAAGGAAGCUUGCGGGGAUCUCAGCGGAAACGCAUCGUCUCUGCUCAUCGCCAAAAAGAAACUUGAAGGAGAAAUGGGAGCUCUCCAAAAUGAUCUGGAUGAGAUGAUCAACGAAUGCAAAGCAUCCGAAGAGCGUGCGAAGAAAGCCAUGGUUGACGCUGCUCGUCUUGCCGAUGAAAUCCGUGCCCACGCUGAAGUUGCGGCAAACGCUGAAAAGUCCAAGAAGAACAUGGAAGCUCAGAUGAAAGAGAUGCAGGCCCGUCUCGAAGAGGCCGAGAAAGACUCGAUCAAGGGCGGUAAAAAGUACAUUAGCAAACUCGAAGGCAAAUGCAAGGACCUAGAGCACGAGCUCGAGAACGAGAUCCGCAAGGGAGCGGAGCACGCCAGGAGCUCGAAGAAGGCGGAGCGAAGAAUCAAAGAGUUGCAGUUCCAAGCCGAAGAAGAAAAGAAGAACUUCGAUCGAAUGCACGAGCUCGUCGAUCAGCUGCAGAACAAGCUGGCGACCUACAGGAAGCAGUUGGAAGAUUCCGAAGAGAUCAACCAGAAUGUCAAGUUGCUUCAGGAGAAGAACGAGCUCUUCUUGCAACUUGAAUCCGAGCGUACCGGUGCCGGAGAUAUCGAGCAACGCCUCAACAAGGUGCAAGCCCAGAAGACCGAAACCGAACGUCAGCUCCGUGAGCUGGAAGAUCGUUUCCAUCGUGAGGAGGAAAACGCUAACAAGUUGAGCCAGAGCAAGAGGAAGCUCGAGAGCGAAAUUUCCGCUCACAAGAAGGAUAUCGAAGAUCUUCAAUUGUCCCUGCAGAAAGCGGAGCAGGACAAACAAUCGAAGGAUCACCAGAUCCGUAACCUCAACGACGAGAUUGCCCACCAAGAAGAACUCGUCGCCAAGCUCAAUAAGGAGAAGAAAGCUCUGCAGGAGAGCGGCGGGAAGAGCGCCGAGGAUCUCCAGGCUGUGGAGGACAAGGUCAAUCACUUGAAUAAAGUGAAAGCUAAGCUCGAACAGACUCUCGACGAGCUAGAGGAUUCUCUGGAACGCGAGAAGAAGACGCGGGCGGACCUCGACAAAGCCAAACGGAAAGUCGAGGCUGAUCUGAAGCUUGCUCAGGAGGCGGUCAUUGAUCUCGAAAAGAACAAGAAGGAGCUCGAGCACACAGUCCAGAGAAAAGAUAAGGAGCUGGCGGCUCUCGCGACCAAGCUCGAAGAGGAACAGUCUCAAAUCAGCAAACUGCAGAAGCAGAUCAAAGAGCUACAGCAGCGAGUGGAGGAGCUUCAGGAAGAGCUGGAAGCCGAACGUCAAGCUCGCUCGAAAGCUGAGAAGCAAAGAGGCGACCUCGCCCGCGAACUUGAGCAGCUCUCAGAGCGUCUCGAGGAAGCCGGCGGAGCGACCUCUGCUCAGAUCGAACUCAAUAAACGCCGUGAGGCUGAGCUCGGGAAAUUGCGGCGUGAUCUGGACGAAGCCAACAACCAGCAUGAGCAGACAGUAUCAGCUCUUCGGCAGAAGAACAACGCCACGGUCGCCGAGUUGAGCGACGCCGUUGAUAAUCUCAACAAACACAAGGCUAAGCUCGAGAAAGAAGCCAGCCAAUUUAGAGCUGAAGCCGAGGAUGCCAGACAAACGGCUGAUCACCUCCAACGCGAGAAGGCCAACUCCGAGCGUCAAGCCAAGAUGCUCGAAGUUCAACUUCAAGAUACGCAGUUUAAAUUGGAUGAGUCCAACCGAACCGUGAACGAUUUCGACGCUGCGAAGAAGAAGUUGGCCCUAGAGAACUCGGAACUCCAACGCCAGCUCGAGGAAGCGGAGAGCCAAAUCAGCCAACUCUCCAAACAGAAAGCUUCCCUGGCCUGUCAAGCCGAAGAAGCGAAGCGAUCCGCUGAUGAAGAAAACAGGGAGCGCUGCGCCAUUCUCGGUAAAUACAGGAACAUCGAGCACGACCUGGAUAACCUGCGUGAGGCUCUCGAGGAAGAGCAGGAAGCCAAGGCCGACCUCCAACGUCAACUCUCGAAAUCCAAUGCCGAGGCUCAGCUGUGGAGGAACAAGUACGAGUCCGAAGGAAUCGCUCGUAUCGAGGAGCUCGAAGAGUCCAGAAAGAAACUGCAGAUCAAGUUGCAGAGCUCUGAAGAGUUGAUCGAAGGACUCAACGCAAAGGUAUCCGGUUUGGAGAAGACAAAGAGCCAUCUCCAAGGAGAAAUCGACGAUAUGCAAGCGGAGGUCGACCGCGCUCAGCAGUUGGCUGCUCAACUCGAGAAGCGUCAGAAGUCGUUUGACAAGGUCAUCGCCGAAUGGAAAGCGAAGACCGACGAUCUCGCUGCCGAGUUGGACGCUUCACAGAAGGAAUGCCGCAACUACUCCACCGAGGUAUUCAAACUCCGAGCUGCCUACGACGAGUCGCAGGAGCACUACGAGGCUGUCAAGAGAGAGAACAAGAACCUACAAGAUGAACUCAAGGACCUUCUGGAUCAACUCGGCGAAGGCGGACGAUCCGUCCACGAGCUCGAAAAGGCUCGCAAGAGGCUCGAGCUCGAGAAGGACGAGCUGCAACACGCUCUCGAGGAGGCUGAAGCUGCGCUCGAACAGGAGGAGAACAAGGUACUCCGCGCUCAACUCGAGCUCAGCCAGGUGCGCCAGGAGAUCGAGCGUCGUAUCCAGGAGAAGGAGGAGGAAUUCGAGAACACCCGCAAGAACCACCAACGUGCCCUCGACUCCAUGCAAGCCUCCCUCGAGGCCGAGGCCAAGGGACGUGCCGAGGCACUCAGGUUGAAGAAGAAACUCGAGUCCGACAUUAACGAGCUCGAGAUCGCCCUUGACGGAGCCAACAAGGCCAACGCUGAAGCCCAGAAGACCAUCAAGAGGUAUCAGCAGACGAUCAAAGACAUGCAGUCGCAGAUCGAAGAAGAGCAGAAGGCUCGAGAUGAGGCCCGCGACCAGUAUGCGAACGCUGAACGCCGUGCUAAUCAGCUGCACGGUUCUCUCGAGGAGACUAAGCAGGUGCUCGAACAGUCAGAGAGGGCUCGCCGCUCUGCUGAGUCCGAGCUGAUUGAGCUCAGGGAGCAGCACGCCGAAUUGGCAGCGAAUAACGCGUCUCUCGGAAUGGCCAAGAGGAAGCUUGAGGGAGAGAUGUCCGCGCUGCAGGCUGAUCUCGACGAGAUGAUCAACGAGUGCAAGGCCUCUGAGGAAAAAGCCAAGAAGGCGAUGGUCGAUGCUGCUCGUCUGGCCGAUGAGCUUCGCGCUGAGCAGGAACACGCUGGCUCCCAGGAGAAGAUGCGCAAAGCUCUCGAGAUCCAGAUGAAGGAUCUUCAAGUUCGUCUCGAUGAAGCCGAAGCCGCGGCCCUCAAGGGAGGCAAGAAGCUCAUCGAGAAGCUUGAACACAAGUGCCGACAACUCGAGUCCGAAUUGGAGACCGAGCAACGCCGACACGCCGAUGCCGCCAAGAACGCGCGCAAGGGCGAACGCAGGAACAAGGAGCUCCAGUUCCAGGCCGAAGAAGAUCGCAAGAACCACGAGCGCAUGCAGGAACUCGUCGACAAACUCCAGCAGAAGAUCAGCACGUACAAGAGACAAAUCGAGGAGGCUGAAGAGAUCGCCGCCAUGAAUCUCGCCAAAUACCGCAAGGCCCAACAAGAGCUCGAGGAUGCGGACGAACGUGCGAACUUGGCAGAACAAACCGUGGCUAAACUUCGCGCUAAAAACCGUUCAUCCGUGAGCGUUGCCAGGGAAUAAGAUGCGGUCGCGAAGCGAAUCGGCGGAAAGAGCCGCGUGCUCUUUCCGCAGCGAUCGGAAUCACUCGAUCGAAACCUUCGGAUUUUUUGA